AUGGCUCAUAUCUCGAAAAACGCGUUAGUCGGGGCACUCGUGGUGGAGCUGAAGUUUGAACUGUCUGGUUCCAGUGACCACCGCUGUUUGUUGCUCUGCUCUCAUUUUGGCGGAAACCAGGUUAAGAUCGGGGACACUCUCACCACCCCAAGGAGGAGGGUGAAUGAGGAGAUGGCGAGGAGGAUCUCUGCCCGCACUACCCGAGGUUCCAGCCUUCAGGCUGCCUUGGCCCUCAGCUCGGGGUGUAGCCCGGCGAGUAGGGAGGCUGGACGGGAGCGCGCCAACACGAGAACCCGCGUUUCCCACAAAGUGAUAGAAAAGCGGCGGAGGGACCGGAUUAACCGCUGUUUGAACGAGCUGGGCAAGACAGUGCCCAUGGCCCUGGCGAAGCAGACCUCCGGGAAGCUGGAGAAGGCGGAGAUCCUCGAGAUGACCGUCCAGUACCUGCGGGCGCUGCACUCGGCUGACUUUCCCCGGGGAAGGGAAAAAGCAGAACUGUUAGCAGAGUUUGCCAACUACUUCCACUACGGCUACCACGAGUGCAUGAAGAACCUGGUGCAUUACCUCACCACGGUGGAGCGCAUGGAGACCAAGGACACCAAGUACGCGCGCAUCCUCGCCUUCCUGCAGUCCAAGGCCCGCCUGGGCGCCGAGCCCGCCUUCCCGCCGCUGGGGUCGCUCUCGGAGCCGGAUUUCUCCUAUCAGCUGCACCCAGCGGGGCCCGACCCCAGCCCCACGCAGCAGCACAGCCCCUUCCUAGCGCCCGUGCAGGGCCUGGAUCGACACUACCUCAACCUAAUCGGCCACGCCCACCCCAACGGCCUCAACCUGCACCCGCCCCAGCACCCCCAAGUUCUCUGACACCCGCCGCCCGCCGGCUUUCUCUGGGCACGGGCGCUGCGCUGCUUAGGAGAUACUGCAUGUUGUACAGGUGUAUAUAGUGUGCCGACCAACAGCGGAUGGGGAAGGCCAAGAGCAAAGCAAGUCUUCUGAAGGCUCUCCCCCGGCAAUAAAUGUUUUCUGUUAAAGACCCAAA